GUUUCUUUGGUUUUGCUCCUAGAUGCCUCUUCACAGUUGGGCUUUGGGGUUCUGGAACUUUCCCAGAGCCAGGAUGUGGAAGAGCAUACUGUGCCCUAUGAACCAAACAAAGAGCGUCUCCAGCCGGUCACUGCCGACACUGGUUACGCCAGGCUGUCUGAUACGGAUACUGAGACUGCAAUUAAACAUGAAGAACAGUCCAAUGUAGAUAUCCCCAUGACAGCACUGCCCAGUACGGAUGUCUCUGUGACAGCACUGCCCAGUAAAGAUGUCUCUGUGACAGCACUGCCCAGUACGGAUGUCUCUGUGACAGCACAGCCCAGUAAAGAUGUCUCUGUGACAGCACAGCCCAGUAAAGAUGUCUCUGUGACAGCACAGCCCAGUAAAGAUGUCUCUGUGACAGCACUGCCCAGUAAAGAUGUCUCUGUGACAGCACAGCCCAGUAAAGAUGUCUCUGUGACAGCACUGCCCAGUAAAGAUGUCUCUGUGACAGCACUGCCCAGUAAGGAUGUCUCUGUGACAGCACUGCCCAGUAAAGAUGUCUCUGUGACAGCACUGCCCAGUAAGGAUGUAAAUGAGCAAGACCCGCUGCUGGCAAGGUAAACUAUGUUUUAUCUAGAAAGUAUUUAUGGGUCUGUGCAGUAAGUAGGGUUAUCCUGAUUCCACUUUGCCAAGUGGAACUGUUUUUAGAAAUUGUUGUUUUUAUUAUGUGGGGCAUGGUUUCUGGUUCAGUAGAAACUAUUUCUUAUUCCUUAUCUCUAAACAUUAAAAAGGCAUUUUAUUGCUGCUGUAAAUAUAAGCAUGCCUCAAUCUUUGGUUGCUACUCUUCUGAUCUUUACAGAGGCAAUGUCUCUCUGUGGAAGGCCUUUUUAGCCUUUCUAGUUUUAUGAAGAGUCAUAAGAUUGUGUUGCAAGUCUACUGCUGCCACACUGAGGAACACAGAUGGUUUUGGGUUCUCAAGUAUCCUUCAUUUGGUAAUGCCUGGUAUAGUUGUAGGAAGGCUAUGUGUGUGUGUGUGUGUGUGUGUGUGUGUGUGUGUGUGUGUGUGUGUGUGUGUGUGUAGGCAGGCACAAACAGAGGGCCUCAUAUGUUCGAAGCAUAUAUUCUCUCACCAUUCUAUUCCAUUCCAUUACUGAGGAGGUAUUCUUUUCCCAAAUAUUUUAGACUCUUGAUUGCAUUGUAUGCCUUUGCUCUGCCUGUGGUGAUUGUUGUAUACAGGUUUGGAUAUGACAGAGGAAAAGUAGACGGCUUUGGAAGGGGGAUGAAAGGACAUUACAUCAGUGUUUUGUUAUCAUCUUCACUAGAAACAGUGAGGAGUGGAGUCCUGAGCAAAGUUGGCUAAUAGGCUAUUAAAUAAAGUUGUCUAUCUAAUGCAAAACACUCAGCUUAACAGUGAUGACUUUAGUUUUUUUGUUUGUUUGUUUUUAAGGAAGUUGGACUUUAGCUAGUUUUGCUAUCCUAUUUACUCUGGGUUAUGGUAGAGUAAGUGGACCUCUUAAGUCUCUGGAAAAGGACCAGCAGUGAGUAUCUAACAUGUAUGAACAGCAUUAGUGUGAAGGGGUCUUGGUAUGAGGCUUAAUUUGGGCGUAUGAAAUGGAAAAGGUCAGUAGAAGAUAAUGUGGCAGUAGUCCAAAGAUAAUCCAUUCAGGUACUUUCCAUCAAAAAAAUCAUUCUGAGGGCGGAGGGGCACAGACCUUUGAUGGUGGGAAUGGUGUUAAUAUACAAAAAAAAAAAAAAAAAAAUCAUUGUUAGGUCUGGCAUUGUGAUCUGGAUCAGAGUCUUUUAUGCACAUUUAGGUGACAACAAAUGUAAGAAAUCUCAAAAUCACUUGUCAGAACUCUAGGAGAACAUGUAAUACAGUAGAAAGCAAGAGUUGAAAAAGAGGUAUUGAUUGUGAGACACUUAGAUGGGCUUUGUAUCAUAAAGAGUUUUUUACUUUUAAUAGUAAUGUAGAUUAGAGUUACUGGAAUUUUUGAAGUUAUUAG